UGGGGGUGGCGGAGUAAAGAGAGCAGCGCUCACGCCUAUGUGAUUGCUGAAGUGCAGAACGUGUAUCCUCUCACAGCCUCCCGGGGAGACACGGCUGCCUCGGUGCCUGGAAGCGAUGGGCCUUAUCUUUGCCAAGCUAUGGAACUUUUUCUGCAACCAAGAGCACAAAGUGAUCAUUGUGGGUCUUGACAAUGCAGGAAAAACCACCUUACUUUACCAAUUUUUAAUGAAUGAAGUGGUGCAUACAUCUCCCACAAUAGGAAGCAAUGUAGAAGAAAUAGUGGUUAAGAAUACACAUUUUCUAAUGUGGGACAUUGGCGGGCAAGAAUCCUUGCGCUCAUCGUGGAACACCUACUAUUCCAACACAGAGUUCAUUAUCCUGGUAGUAGAUAGCACUGACAGAGAGAGACUUUCCAUAACAAAGGAAGAACUCUACAGAAUGCUGGCUCAUGAGGAUCUGCGCAAGGCAGCGGUUCUGAUCUUUGCAAACAAGCAGGACAUUAAAGGGUGCAUGUCGGCGGCGGAUAUAUCGAAAUACCUCACACUUAGCUCAAUAAAGGAUCAUCCGUGGCACAUCCAGUCCUGCUGUGCGCUCACAGGAGAAGGGUUGUGCCAAGGCCUCGAGUGGAUGACUUGCCGAACCGGAGUGAGAUAACCGUUACAGCCAGAAAGGACUUCUAUUUAUUCAAUGAACUUGUACAGUCUUAAAGUACUUUUCUACACACUAAAGCAUUACGUGCUUAAUUUAUAACAGAUCAAACCUCUCUCUGAGCCACACUUGAUUCAAGUGCAGCUAUGUCUAAAAGAACCACAGUGUUUGGCCGCGCGUCAGGACCUCAUUGGGAAAAUUCUUUGGUGUCUUAUUGAUGCCUACUUACACUGCAAAUGUAUUUUAUCUCCCUUCAAGACCGACUUGUAGCUAGCCCUUUAUCCCCUUUGGUGCUUGUAUUUUAAAACUCUUUCAUCAGUCAAUAUUUACCAUGUUUUCCAUUUUUAUUCAGUGUAUCAAUGACCAGCAGCCAGAACUGCUAAACUGGAAAUCUGAAUUUUCCAAUUGAUCAGACAGACUGUUACCAUUCUCAUUUUCCCGCUACCUCUGCGUCACUACCAUGCAAUAUAUAUUCUAGGCAAACUCCUAAUCCAGCUACAGCUGGGAAUUGUAGUUCAUUGGCUGGAUGGGUGCACAUUCACAUCCCUCCCAUAAAGGGGCAGGUUUUUUCUGUGCUGCAGAUUCUGGAUUCGCAAUACCUGAAAUAGAAUGUAAUCCAUGGCCAUGUUUAUAAUGUAUUCUCCUUUUUAUGUUUUAUUUAGGGCUUUUCAACAAACUGACAAUUCCUUUCCCAAAUGCCAAUGAGAGAAUUUUCUUUAGCUUGUGUUCGUGCAUGGGCUAUGCCACAGGCAAGUCUUUCUCUUUGGCUGUAUGUGGGUAGGGAACAAUCAUUAUUAAAACUGAAUUGUGAAGUGAAGGCAGAGUACAAUAAGCUAUGAAGCCAGUGUAUUUAAAGAGGAUGAAGAAUCGUCCAAGUAAGUUAAGGGUUUCUAUAGUCUGUUUUGUAUUGUGUAUUCAUUAUUGAGCUGCCUUAUCUUCCAGCAAGCAGCAUAAGUAUACAUGGAACCUAAGAGUUAAGCUGACCAUACAUGAAUAGAUGAACUCAUUUGGCAAGGUCGCCAAAGGAAAAGGGGACUUUCCCUGAUAUGUCCACCUUGAGGUGGGUGAUAUCAGAUUGGUCCAAAUGAUUGGAUCACCCCGAUGAGAUGCAGGCCAUUGGCAGCUUUUAUCGGUCCUUGUAUGGCCACCUUAACACAGUAGGCACUGGUUAUACUUGCUUCUGAUUGGCUCCUUCUGCUCUGAAAAGAGAGAAUGGACAGUGACCAGUUAGGCUUCUGCUGCAUUGGAGACAGCUGCUUAAAGCCGUCAGGUGGACCUGAGCCUGUAUCUUUGUAACAGUAGGAAUAAAGAUAGGUACUACAUAAUAGGGCUCAUUUACAAUGCAAUGAAAAUUGCAGUUUUUUUUUUAUGAAUAAAUCGGAAGAAUUUACAAUGUUCAGUUGUACAAGAAGAAAUCCUAAUGGUUCAUCUAUGGGGUGCUGCAUGUUCAGUACUGUUUAUGGGAGGGGGAGGCUGCACUGGACAGAAUAUUUGGCACAUUGUUUAAGCUCAGAUUGUUUAAUUGGAUUCUGCCCUUAUGGUUCUCUUUUGGACUCAAUUUGCACAUCAACUAGGUUUUUUUGGGUUUUUUUUCUGAAUUUUACUUUUGCAGUUUUUCAUGCUGGUUAUAAAGCUACAAACCUGCCUGAGAAGGUUCCUGCAGCUCGUUGAAAUCAGAGGGCAUCUGUUCCUGUACAUCUUUGCACAUCGUUGAAUUAGACUUUAAGCUAUGAAAUAUACUUCUUCCCCCAUUGCCCCCUUCCCCGGCCUUUACCUUCCCCUUUAAUACCGGCUUGUGUACACUACUUUCCUCUUGAUACUUUUAUAUUGUAUGUGUUCUAGUUUAACUGUGAGAGGAUGUGCUUCUUUUAUAGCCGAUACAUGGGUCCGUGCAUUACGGAUCAGAUUCUGUUUGCUAUUGGAUAUUUUACCUUGGAACUGAAUGUUACAAACUUGUUUUACUUCUCCAUUUUGUUUUUUUUGUUUGGUGCUUUUAAAAGUGUUCUGGAAAGCUUGAUUUUUAAACACUUCAGCAUUACAUUUGAAUUAAAUGUUUUAGCCAGGCAUCUUUAUUGUAACUUUUUUUUUUUAAUUCAGUGUAGUCUUUUAACAUUAAAUAAAAUUUGUAGUCUAAAGUAUUUUUAUGGCUUUUUUUUUUUUCUAUUAAACGCCCAGAAUCUCAUGUAAGUGCCGGUAUCCUGGCCCGGAAUCUCAUGUAAGUGCCGGUAUCAUAGAGAAUAGGGCCCGGAAUCUCCUGUGUCGUUAUCAUAGAGAAUAGGGCCCGAAAUCUCAUGUAAGUGCCGGUAUCAUAGAGAAUAGGGCCCCGAACCUCCUGUAAGCGCUGGUAUCAUAGGGAAUAGGGCCCGGAAUCUCCUGUGUCGUUAUCAUAGAGAAUAGGGCCCGAAAUCUCAUGUAAGUGCCGGUAUCAUAGAGAAUAGGGCCCGGAACCUCCUGUACGUGCCGGUAUCUCAGAGAAUAGGGCCCGGAACCUCCUGUAAGUGCUGGUAUCCUAGGGAAUAGGGUCCGGAAUCUCCUGUAAGUGCCGGUAUCAUAGAGAAUAGGGCCCGGAAUCUCCUGUAAGUGCCGGUAUCAUAGAGAAUAGGGGCCGGAAACUCCUGUACGUGCCGGUAUCAUAGAGAAUAAGUCCCGGAACCUCCUGUAAGUGCCGGUAUCAUAGAGAAUAGGGCCCGGAACCUCCUGUACGUGCCGGUAUCAUAGAGAAUAGGGCCCGGAACCUCCUGUACGUGCCGGUAUCCUAGAGAAUAGGGCCCGGAACCUCCUGUAAGUGCUGGUAUCAUAGGGAAUAGGGUCCGGAAUCUCCUGUAAGUGCCGGUAUCAUAGAGAAUAGGGCCCGGAAUCUCCUGUAAGUGCCGGUAUCAUAGAGAAUAGGGGCCGGAAACUCCUGUAAGUGCCGGUAUCAUAGAGAAUAAGUCCCGGAACCUCCUGUAAGUGCCGGUAUCAUAGAGAAUAGGUCCCGGAAUCUCCUGUAAGUGCCGGUAUCAUAGGGAAUACAGUCCAGAAUCUCAUGUAAGUGCCGGUAUCAUAGGGAAUACAGUCCAGAAUCUCAUGUGUUAUUAUUUGAAAUUCUUCAUCAUUGACAAACAAAAUGUUCUUGUGUUUUGACUUAAAUGGUAAAAUGUAAUAAUUCUCGACUAUCCUCAACUGUGUAAAAGGCUUCAGCUAAAACACACACUGUCCCCAUUGGCUUGAAUGGAUCUAGGCAGGUUUCAUCUCGCAAUUUAUUGACAAAAUACAGGGGCAUUACUUCAAUACCAAAGUUUUUAGAAGGAAAAAAUACAUUAACAAUAAUAAAUGGCAAAAAGUAUAAUCUGUGCAACAAUUGCAUUUAUCCGAAAAAUGUCCUUUAACAUUAAUGGCUGUGUGCGCCCCACCCCACCAGGCAUUCUUCUGUAUUUUGUGGGUUACUGGUCCUACAGCAAAUCCCUGCACAUCUCUUUCCCCACACAGGGCUUCAUCAAUGUUAAUAAUGCUGUAACCAUUAUAUAUGUAAUAAAAAGCACCAUGAUUGCCCAGGAGCAGUAA